ACAUGGAAAAUAUAUGUAAAAGAAAUUGACCAGUAUAGUGAAUCUAAUACAAAUAAACAGGAACUUCUAUGUAACAUUUUGUAGCUAUUCAAGUUAAAUUCAUAAUGGGUUAUUACGCUAGUGGUGAUACACGAAAAAUGACACAAAGUUCUGAAGAUGAUGAAGGUUAUCAAAACCAAUUACCUUAUACUAUAUCAGUUAGAUCAUUAAAUCAAUCAAAUGUCAGAGAUAAACCAUAUUUUACAUUGGGAAGUUCUGAAAAAGUUUCAAUACCAAUGUCAUCGAUAUCGGACGAUACUGAUCGUCCGUUUUGGGGUGAAGAUGAAUUAAGUGGUUCCGAAUCAACGCAACAAUUAAAUAAAAAACAGAAACGUCGGUACACUUUAUCUCAUCGUAAUCGUAUUGCAGUACACAAAAGUCGUUCUUCGCUAUUUCAGUCAUCAAGUUCUAGUUUAAAUUCAAUAUCUGAAGAAAUCUCAUCAGGAGGAAUCAAGUAAGGGUAUUUCGCAAGAUAUUUUGAAGAAUUUAAACAGCUUGAAAAAGUUCUGAAAUCAUGAGCUACCUCA